CCCGGAGCGGAAAGCCGGGCUGGUUCCCGGGCCUCUGCGCCUGCGCCGUGCAGUCUGGGAGCCGGGCUCUUGCCACGCCCGUCACCUGCUGGUUUUCUGCGUCCGCAUCUCCGCCCUCGGCGCUGCCCGCAGCUCUCCGUCUGAGGCUAGGCGUUUCGCUUGCCUCCUGACGGCCCAGUCCCGCGAGCCUCAUGGAGCUGGAGGGAAAAGUGAGACUCUAGUGCCGAGGCCACUGGGACAGGCUAGAGCUGUUGGUGAGCUGAUUGAGCAGGGUGGGAAUAUAGAGUAUAUGCAUUGAAGCUAGAGACAAGAUAUUUUUGUAACUUCUGGCAUUGAAGUUGGAACAUAUGGCAAUGAAGAAAGAGACAGGCUUCGGGAUUUUCAUCUAAGAAAAUGAUAAAUAACAACCAAACCUGUGCUGCAGGACAGGACUCCGCGCCCUAUGUGACAUGCGUGAUUCACGUGCUUGAAGAGUGGUUGGGUGUGGAGCAGUUAGAGGACUAUCUGAAUUUUGCAAACCAUCUCUUGUGGGUUUUCACCCCGCUGAUACUUUUAAUACUUCCUUACUUUACCAUCUUUCUUCUCUACCUUACUAUUGUGUUCCUCCAUAUCUACAAGAGGAAGAAUGUGUUAAAAGAGGCCUACUCUCAUAACCUGUGGGAUGGUGCAAGGAAAACAGUGGCAACUCUGUGGGAUGGGCACGCGGCCGUUUGGCACGGUUAUGAAGUUCAUGGGAUGGAAAAGAUACCAGAAGGAGCAGCACUUAUCAUUUUUUAUCAUGGAGCCAUCCCCAUAGACUUUUACUACUUCAUGGCUAAAAUUUUCAUCCACAAAGGCAGGACUUGCCGAGUAGUAGCUGACCACUUUGUCUUUAAAAUCCCAGGGUUCAGUUUAUUACUUGAUGUAUUUUGUGCUCUUCAUGGACCAAGAGAAAAAUGUGUUGAAAUCUUGAGGAGUGGUCACUUGUUAGCUAUUUCACCGGGCGGAGUUCGAGAAGCCUUACUUAGUGAUGAAACCUACAACAUCAUAUGGGGUAAUCGUAAAGGCUUUGCUCAGGUUGCAAUUGAUGCAAAAGUGCCCAUUAUUCCUAUGUUUACACAAAAUAUUCGAGAAGGAUUUAGAUCACUUGGAGGAACAAGAUUAUUUAAGUGGCUUUAUGAAAAAUUCCGCUAUCCAUUUGCUCCAAUGUAUGGAGGUUUUCCUGUAAAGUUGCGGACCUUCUUAGGUGAUCCCAUACCAUAUGACCCAAAGGUAACAGCAGAAGAAUUGGCUGAAAAGACCAAGAAUGCUGUUCAAGCUUUGAUUGACAAGCACCAAAGGAUACCAGGGAACAUUAGGAGUGCUCUGCUGGACCGCUUUCAUAAAGAGGAGAAGGCUCAGUAGCAGAUAAUUUAAUGUGUCUGCAGUAACAAGUUUGCAUCUGUGGUACUGUCUUUUAAAUUUUUGUAGGUUGUAUAUUAGUGUUUUUAAAACAUUGUACUAAUGAACAUCUUUCUUUAGAAUUUAAACUUUAUAUGGUUAAUCUUAUCCUUUCAAUCAGUUGUGUCAAAUUUAAGUAAUUCAUCACCUGCUUGACAUGAUCAUGUUGCAUUUGCAGUCUUAGUAGUAUAUGAUAAGCACAGAUCUUAGAGUUAAGUCUUCCUUGAUAUCCGCAGUUUAGGUCAGGCAGACUUUACUGAAUUAUGCUUCUCAUGUUUGUGUCUGUUGUGCCAAUAUGAUAGUAGGGUGUAGCACUUGCUUAAUUUAGAUGAGAGAUGCUUUUAUGUAUCUGUCCUUCAUUCCAUUCACAACUGCUGGCAAGUUGUGGAACGCUUUUGCACCUCAAUGAUUUAUGUUAAGCAUGAUAAUACUCUGGUGAUGAGCAUUAUUUUAAGUUGCUUAUAUCUUCUGUGAUAUAUCCAUAUCUGAUAUACCUGAUAGAUAUCUGUAGUGAGAAUCUAUAAUUGAAUUGAUUCCUGAAUCCUUUAGGAGUUAUGUAUAGUUUUUGUCCAUUGGAUGUUGAAAAUACUCCUUCAGGUAUGAUGUCCAGUUGCCAAGCACAUUGAAAGAGAUGUACUAUUUUAUAAAUCAAAUCAUUGUUAUUUGUAGUAUUUAUUAACUGAAUUUUUAGUAUUUAUUUUAAACAAAUAUCUAAGGAAAUGUAUAGGAUGAGUUGUCAGCACAGUGUUUUAUGGUGUAAAGACAAAAUCAUGGGCGUGCUCUGCAGUUCAUGUUAGAAGCGGGUUCUAGGCUGAGGAAUAACAUGCUAAGGCAGCUCUGGUCUCGCUCUGUAUCUGGGCUCUCUUCCUGUGCUUCUCAGCCAGUCGCGUGGUUAUUAUUUCAAUAAAAUGUACUUGAAUGAUAAAUUCUGUAAACAUGGAGCCCUCUGAAAAUAUAAUUGCUUUUGAUUUGUUGUCUUCUUGAAAACUUAUUUUAAAAGUAUUUAAACAACAAAGUAUCAUAAAUUCACUGCAGUAUGUCUCCUUCAACCUUUGGAGUACUUGGGUUUUAUAUGGACUUUUUAACUACAAGUGUAUAUUUAUGAUAUAUAUCAUGUAUAUAGAAAUGAUGUGAAAAUAAAGCUGAAUUGCAACUCCUCUAGCAAAAUUGUGUGUGAGAUAUAGUUUUAAAAUGUUAUUCUUGAUAUUCUUCAAAAUUGUCUCCAUAUUUCUCAGUAGUCAUUUCUUUUCUUUUGACUACAAUAAAUAUGUAGUAUACUUCCUAUGUAGUCAGCAUAUUUCAGGGACAGUUUCAGAGAAAGGAGCCAAUUUGCUCUCACCCCCUCCCACAUUAGUAAACUGUACUUGGUUCA